CUCCCCUCCCUACCUCCCAGACUGCAUAUUUUUAAUUCCAGGUCUCAGGUAUGCACAGUCAGAUAGUAUGGAUUACACUGGCCAUGUCGUCUAAUAAACGCCACUACCUAAAGCCUCGCAUUCAGCAGAGAUUUAACCUGUAUUCAUUUACCAUGUGUUUUACCACAUUGUCUGUUCAUGGAUGUUGCAACUCUCCUGGUGUUGUUCUAUUGUACUAUAACAUAAGUAGUAGCUACUGCGGUAAAAUACAAACCAGAUAUGGUGAAGUGACUCUUCUCAAUAGUAGUUAAUAGCUAAACACUUCCUUGUAAUCACUGGAAGCAUUUCUUCUAAGGUACAUUAAACAGCGGGUAAUCAGUCUCGUCAUUAAAUACAAAGGUUAUUUGUGUUUUCCUGUCCAUUGUUUUUCAGACAAGUGUUAUUUCAUUUGUGUCGUUGUAACUUAGCUUUGUUUUAUGUAAAAAAAGAUUUUCAUAGCAUUACUUCCACUUUUUUUCAACCAUGUUAAUAUUGUUGAAUACCAAAGGCAUUAGAGAAUGUGCUGUAAUUCUGCAGUAGUUUCAUUGCUUGGUUAGAAGGGUGGUUUUUGACUGGGGGAGAAUCAGCUGGGUUCUAAUGACACUCAACCUGCCACAGCAAACAGUCAUUACCCAAAACCACACUCUGGGUCAGUCAAUCCUCAACUGCCAUCCAGUGUAGACUUUGCAUCCAUUUCCUCCAUUAACAUAGGCCAUUUUAUAUUUGACAUUUUGUAUUUAGUUAUAGUACUGAAUUUGGGGACUUGUCAGACACUCUGUUCAGAAAGGCAAGUAAGAAACACACUUACAAACUACUCCUACACUUUGGAUGCCAUCGUGCUUAGCCACAUGCGUUACACUUCUGACACCAAAUGUUGCAAAUUUAUGGGGUAACCGUCUGGGACUUGCAUUUGUGAGUCCAAGACCUUUGCCAUUAAACCAAGAAAGGUCCAAGCCUCUUGAAAAGGUUGUUAGGUGUUCUACGGAUAAUGAUUGUUAGAAUUUAGCUGCUAUUUAAAGUCAGUCACAGUCCAGACUCUAUUGAACAUGUUCAGCUGUACGUUAGUUGGCAAAUCGGCUUCUCUUCUCAACAUGUUAUAAUUUCUUGUGAUCUAUCUAAUGGUAGAGAGCUGGUUGCCGUUUUAUAGUUUUAGUGGUGAUUUAUUUUGGGAAACAGACUGCAUGUAACUUGCUUGUGCUUUGAACCAUGUUGCUACUGGAGAUGCCUUUUGUCAUUUUACAUGAAUGAAAACAACAUGAAUGUAUUAGUGUCAUGUGUUGCACAAGCUUUGGUGUUCCCUGUAUUGUGCUUGAGCAGUCACCAGUCAUAACAUAGCUGUAAGACAAAUGGGACACACCUACAACAAGACUGUGACUGUUAUUUCCCUGACUGUCAUUCUCCUGGGCUCGGUGGAAGGUAACGGGGUACAGAUGCAGAGAGAUGUUCAGUGCUGUAUGCAGUACUCCCAGGGGAAAGUGCGCACCAAAGACGUGCUGAGGUUUGAGGUACAGACGGAGGGGCCAGACUGCAGUAUAAAAGCCAUCAUACUGUACACCAAGAAGGCGGUGAAGUGUGCUGACCCCAGAGACCGAAAGGUCAAGAGGUUACUGAGGAAGCUGCUCCAGAGGCAGAGGACCAAAGCACAUAGGAUCAUGUGGCUCUACCCUCAUGGCAACCUGCCAGUCAUGUCGGAGGACAAGAAGGAUGGGUGGGAUGCCUUCCAUGUGGAAUGAGUGUGAGGCCAAGUAAACUUCCAGCGGCUUGUCAUCCUAACUCAGCCAAGCUUUCUGACUCUCCAGUCGUCUCGUGUCAAUAUCUCCCUGGGAGUGUGGUGGCUGAGCUGUCAUUGCCAUACAGUCCAUGAGAGGUUUUGAUAUAUAGCUAAAUGUAUUUUACACUGACUGUCGCUAACUAUGCCAAAGUAUUAUGCUAAGUAUUUCUGAUUACUCUAGCCCAAGGAUCCCGUCUUCACCGUCAAUGUAUACCUGUUCAAUGUAUACCUGUUCAAUGUAUACCUGUUCAAUGUAUACCUGUUCAAUUUCCUAGAGGGCUUGUUCUCGCCUGAAACACAAUGUAAUGUAGAAAAAUGCACUGUCUGUUUAAACACGACAUCUGAAGUGGAUCUUUUCUAAAUAAAUGGACCUGAAAGAA